ACUGUGCGCCCAGUGUGCACGGUGCAGUCAUUCUGCCCAGCAGGGAAAUCUGGGCUUUUUCCGCUGCUUUUCGCGACUGUGUGUUGUUUUGUUGUGCGUGUGUUGCUCGCCUCGAUUGUGUUGCUUUUUUGUGUGUGUAAAAUGGUGUGCUCGUGGUGUGCAGCGAAAGCCCACCAAUAGUUUCGUUGCAGUUGCUCGCAAAACCGAUUGCCAGCUAGGCAAUUGCAUUCUUCGGUGCGUGCCGUGAUCCCCGAAGGGGGCCCGAAAGAAAGUACGUACACUGCAAUGGUUGCUAGUGUGCGGAUUGUGUUCGAUCCGCUAGAUGAUCAUCCAUGAAAAGUGACAGUGUUGAAGGUUGAAGAGGCAACAAAACAAAAGUAUGACGAACUAAUUAGAAGAGAAGAAUUGACAACGAAAUCGCUUGUGGAACGCUUGUGAAAAUGGCAUCGAGCGAAAACAACAGCGACGAUGGAGGACACAAUGUCUUUUCAGGGUUCUCGAGCUCGAACGGUAGCGCCCCGGAGUACGAGCAUCUGAUGCAGCUCGAGUAUCUCAAGACCAACUACCGCGAUGUGGUGUCCCAGCUGAAGACGGUUUCGAACGAGAAGCAACGGCUGGAGCACGAUUUCCAGCUGCUCAAGAAGGAGCUGGAAGGCAAGGGCGACUUCUUCAACAGCACCUACCACGAGUACAGCGGGCUGAAGCAGAAGUACGACACGCUGCGCCACCGGUAUGAGGAAAUGACGAAAGACCCAUCGCACUACAUCAAAGUGUGCGAGGAGCUCAAAAAGGAGCGCAACAAAUACAAGGAGCUGCUGAAGGCGACGGAACUCGAGCUCGAGACGGUGCUGUCGGAGCGGGGCAGCGUGCUGAAGGAGAACCAGAAGCUGUACGACAAGAACGAAGCACUUGAGCGGGAGGUGCAGGGUAAGGUGAAGGAGUGCGGAGCGUUGAAGGAAAAGAUUGAGCUGCUAAAGACGCGCCAAGAGUACCAGCAGCUGUCGAACGAGAGCAGCUGGAGCAAGGAGCUGUCGGACAGCAAGGAUAAGUUCAGUAUUGUGUCGGAAAAUUUGGAAUCGGCCAACCAGGAGAUUGAGCGGCUGAAGAAAGCGCUCGACAAAGCGAAGGCGGAGAUAGCGAAAGCCGUCCACGACACCGAGGUCGCCAAACAGCGCCGGGACUGGGCGAUAUCGGAGCGGGAAAAGAUUGUCCAGGAGCGGGACAGUGUGCGGAACUUGUGCGACGAAAUUCGCAAAGAGCGCGACACGGCCACGUCGAAGCUGCUGGCAGCGAUACGGGACAAGGACGAUGCGCACAAGAAGAUCGAACUGCUAACCGAUCAGUUGGAGCAGGUGACACGCGACAGUAUUAACAACAAUGCCACUGCGGGAGGCCAAAACGCGUCCAAUUUGCCGGGGGGCGGUGGACCCCAGUCGCAACCGAACGGCCCCGGGACUGGUACGCCAACCACGCCGAACGCCUCGCUGGUGUCGAUGAACAACAGCAAUAGCCAUCGGAAUUCGCACUACAGCAGCUUCAGCUCGAUCUACAACCUGGAAUCGCUGCAGCAGUACGACGUGGAGAUGGUGGAAAUCGACACCUCGCCCCUGCUGAGCAAUUCCUCCGACUGGGGACUCACGAUCAGCGGCGAUCUCGAUCACAGCUACGGCAGCGAUCACAGCAACACGAAGAAUCUCUGCGGCCCGUACGUGGCUGCCGUGGAGCACGACUCAAUCUUUGCCGGCAAGCUCAAGCCGAACGAUAUCAUCUGCCAGAUAAACAACCACGACUGCAGCACGUUCUCGCGGCGCAUGAUCUAUCGCACGAUCCGCAACAGUGUGCCGCAGUGCAUCAUUACGGUGAAGCGGCCGACGAAGCGCUUGCUGCCGGUGCAGAUCCCAUUCACCAGCACGAACCGCAACCACGGUCUUUGCCUCGAGCUCGGGCUGUACAUCGCGAAGCUGGAGCCGAACUCGAUCGCGGCCAAGGACGGCCGGCUGGCGGUCGGAGAUCGGAUAUUGUCCAUCAACAACAAACCGAUGGAAAGCAUCAAGAACAUCAACGAUGUGCACGCGUACAUUAACGAUAUGCGCAACAGCAGUCUCAAUCUGAUCGUCAUCAAGGAGAUGCCCGAAAGCCAUCCGAGCUACGCCAGCUUCUACCAGCCCCGGUUGAAGCACAUCCGCAACACUACCAGCUGCACGCAGACGGACAACUCGCUGUCGACGUUCGGCAGCCAGCACACCACGAACACGAGCAGCGUGAACACGAGUGCCAACGCAAUGACCAUGAUGAACCAUCGGUUGAGCCUGGAGUUUGACAAUAACAAUCACUUCCUGCCGUCGGUGAUGCCUUCCUCGGCGUACCAGCCUUCAUCGAGCACGCCCAACUCGGUCGCGGCUAGUACGCCCUCGUCGACCAAAUCGGCCUCCAAGCUGACGGAGUUUAUUCAGAAGAUUAAGGACAAGAUGGCGAUAAGCAAUCACAGCAAGGAGGCGGGCGGUCCGGGCGGCAGCCAGGAGCACGAUGCUAUCGCGGCCCUCGAUUCCGUGCUGGACAGCGAUGAGCAGUCGCGGGAUGGGAAACGCUCGAAGCGUCGCAGCAAGAACGACCCGCACCACCAGUCGGAGGUGCCGCGUGGGACGUGGCCCAGGGUUAACAUGGCAAUGCACAUUAACGAGACGCAUCCCGGAACGAUAGUGCAGAAGAAGAAGAUCAGACCCCAGCUAACCAUCCCGCGAGGGGGUGGAGAUCUGGACAAUAACAACUACUUCGCCGCUGUGCUGAAUGAAGCCCAUACGAUUCCGACCACUUUCCAACCGAACACGGUGUCUGGUGGAUCGCUGUCUCCCGGAGGGAUUACCAGCGGUGGUGGUGGUGGUGGUGCAAGUGCGUCAGGACCGGGUGGAAAUGGUGGUAUCGUUGGAUCCGGCCCAUCUUCCGGACAGGGAACGCUGCCGAGCUCAAGCAAACGCAACUCGAACCCCGUUAUGCCGAUGGAUUUAAACCGUCUGCUUGCCGCAAAGUAUGGAGAAGCGACUGCCGGAAUGGCUGGUGGGCCUAUCACUGGAGGGGUGCCAACAGGGGUGCCUACCAUGGGCAAAUCCAACACUAUUGUGCCGUUUCCGCGAUCUUCGACGUACGAUGAUCGGCACCAUGACGGUGGCGGGUUGAAUCUAAACAAGCAUCGCUUCAGUCUGAACUUUCCACCGACGAGCAAGCAACAAAUGCAGCAGCAGCAACUGAUGCUUGCGCCACACCAGCAGCAAAACUCGCUCGAUUUCAUUCCCAUUCCAACCUCUUCGUCGCAGAAGAGCAAUCACUCGAUCGAUUCGGCCAGUGCUCCCCAUUCACUGUCCAAAAGCCCACCGACUUACUAUUCCGGAACGGCGGCGGCCUCGCUCGGUAUUCCUACGUCGAAAACGACGGAAUUCUUCAUGACGUCCAAGAUCACCAAAUCGUUGUCGAAGUACUCGAGCGACAACGAGAGUAUCGAUACGGAAACGCUUUCCCUCGGCGGUGGGAUGGGCGGCAUGCAUGGGACGGGGACGCCCAUGAGUGGCAUGUCGGCGAACAUGGGCGCAACGGGUGGCGGUGGUGGCAACCAGGGCAUCGCAGGCGCGAUGGUUGGUCCGGGAAAUACCAACACACUUCCACUGACCCACAUGCGUAAACAUUUGAUGGGCAACAGUGGUUCGGGAGGUGGAGGAGGAUCGUCCUCCAACCGAAGCGGCAGCACAGUACACCCAGCAGCGACGGCUGGUUACGGAGCAACCAUAUUUCCCGGUUCCUAUCCCCAUCCGUUCAUGCGCAAUCACCACCAACCGGGCGGUGGCCAGGGCGGUGGCGGUGGAGCUAGUGCCAGCAUUGCAAAUGAUGCCUUGCUGAGCUAUCCAGCGGCUGCCAGCGGUGGAGGAAGCGGGGGAGGCACUGGGCCGGCAGCAAUGGGACAUCAUUCGCACGGUGCUUCCAUGGACUAUUCUGCGUAUCGGUACAGUCAGAUUCAAUCGUCGAAGGAAGACGUUCCUAUAUCCGGUUAUACGGGCGGCUACGAAGGCGGUACGUUUCCCCGGAACAAAAGCCACCUAACGAGCAAUAGCAACCAUCAUCACCAUCAUCACCAUCACCACCAUCAGGGGGGCUUUCGCAUUCCCUCGAACCAGAGUGUAACGAGCCGGGGCAGUGGCAUCAAGAUCAGCAACGGUUCGAUCGAUUGCAGCAGCUCCGAACGUGCCUCGCCAAUACCGACGUUCGAGGUGCAGGUGCUGAAACCAGGGCACGCUCCACCCGGGGGCGGCGGGCCCGGCUCCAACAAGCGCAGCUCCCUGCAGGACUAUGGCCACUCGAAGCCGAACGUAGGCGAGCUGCGGCUGGUGCAGAUCGACAAGAGUGAAAUGUCGCUCGGAAUCAAAAUUUUCUGCCGACGCAAUGGAGGGGGCGUGUUCGUGUCGAAUGUGGGAGAAAACAGCCUAGCCAGCAAGGUCGGUUUGCACAUAGGCGAUCAGCUGUUGGAGGUGUGCGGAAUAAACCUACGCAAAGCGACGUACGAGCUGGCUGCGCAUGUGUUGCGCCAGUGUGGCAACUCCAUUACCAUGCUCGUGCUCUACAAUCCGGUGGUGUACAGCAACCUCACUACCAGCGAGGACAAUGUUGCUCGUUCGGGGUCGCCCACACCGCAGAACUCGCCGCGCUCGAUGGGUCGCUCGCUCAUAUCGGCCGUAAACACCACGGCCGUUAACGCUAUGACCGGUACGAUGACCGCCCCUAAAACAUCGUCCCUGGUGAAGGCACAGGAGUUCAGCGACAGUCUGGAGCACCAAACGCAGCUGCACGAUGACGAGGAGGACGGUUCCGUGGCUGUCGGUAGCUCCGGCGUCGGCGGCGGUCAAAGCAACAUGUACAAAGAGCAGCCGCGCGAGAUCUACAUUGAGACGCGUAAAACGUCCAACCUGGGCAUAACGUUGGUCGGUGGCAACGCUUACGGCAUCUUUGUGCAUGGUGUACAGAAGGAUUCGAUCGCGGAUCAGGCCGGACUGCUGGUGGGCGAUCAGAUACUGGAGUUUAACGGCACAGAUAUGCGUCGUUCGACGGCGGAGCACGCAGCGCUCGAGAUUGCAAAGCCCGCCGACCAUGUGAAGGUGCUCGUGUUGUACAACAUUCAAAAGUUCAAUCAAAUCAAAGAUAAACCUGGAGAUGCAUUGUACAUCCGCGUCGGGUUCGAUCGUAACUGCGAUCAGGGUGACUCGGAGCUAUCGUUUACGAAGGACGAGGUGCUGUUCGUCGACAACACCAUGUUCGGUGGAAUACCCGGUAAAUGGCGUGCUUGGAAGCUGGACGAAUAUGGCCACAAGAGGCAAUGCGGCAUCAUUCCCAACAAGCUAAAAGUGGAGGAAGAGCUACGAUUGCUCGGAGAUCCGGGUGACGUUGAUACAACGGCGCGCCGAGGAUCAACUUCGGCCCGGAGAUCGUUCUUCAAGCGCAUCAAACCACAACGGAGCUCAUCGCGCGAUUCAAAAGAAUUGGCCAGCUUUAGCAACACGCACCUGAGCCUGUACCUUGAUUCGGGAUCACUGAGCGACGAUGGGUUAAGCAGCUACCAACGCGUUGAACGGUUGGAAUACACCUAUCGGCCAGUGAUCAUUUUGGGACCACUGUACGAGUUUGUCAUCGAUAAGCUGUGCGUAGAUUUCCCGGAGGACUUUGCCGUCCUGCAGGAGAGUCAGAAGAAAUGUACCAAGGACGAGAUGGAGCUUGCAAUACAGAACAAUACAAUCGCCGACUAUAAGAUGCGUAGCAAUGGCAUAUUCGAGUACACCAGCAUGCAAGCCGUGCGUGACAAUAAGCAAUGUCAUUGCAUAUUGAACGUGGGCAUGGCAGCAGUAGAACGAUUGCAGCGCGCACAAAUUUACCCGAUCGUGUUGCUGUUGCGCUUCAAAUCGGCCAAGCAAAUCAAGGAGAUCAAAGACUCGCGCUACUCGACUGACAAAAUCUCGGCCAAGGCAGCCAAGGAAAUGUAUGAGCAUACGCUCAAGCUGGAGUCGGAAUAUCGACAGUUUAUCUCCGGAGUGAUUUCGGGCGUGAAUAUUACACACAUGUGUACGCAGAUUAAAGCGGCUGUGGAUUGCGAACAGAAGAAGAUCUUGUGGGUUUCGAUCCCAUCGCCGUUGUGACCAUCCAUGAACUAUCUUCGUCCCGAUGAAGAUGAACGAUUGGCCUAAUCGAUACGCAAGCUGCGUAUCAACCAACGAACAAACAAGUUGUUAAGGUAAAGUAUUCAAAAACACCACUAAGCCCCCUCUUUCGAGUUUUAGACCCCAAGACGAAGGAAAAAAAAGAAGUUAUCAUACAACUACUGCAGAAAGAGAACAGUUAGCAUAAGUACUGUGCAAUAUACAUUAUGAAUGGAAUGUCUUGGACAGGAAUAAGUACAGUGCAAGUAGUUGUGUAGGUACCUCCACUUUCGAAAGCGAUAGCCGUACCGGUAGAUAUUUAAUGCAAACACUUCAUCACAAGUUUUAGGCAGUUGUGGCGGUGAUGUAAGCGAUUGUGUCCGCGAUUACAUUUUGUUAGGCAAAGGCUUGCUAAUCAUGUUGAAUGAUACUUAAACGACACGGGGUGAUAGGAUAUAGCAGCUCUCAAUUACAUUGCAUCCCUAUUUCGGCAUUUUUAUCAACGAAAAACAAAAACAAUCUUAUACCGAAUCUCACAGAUUUCCAUGCAAAUUAAUACAGCAGACACGUCUGUAUGUUACUAACGAACGGACGGGUGCAUUUAUGUAGAUCAACGAAUGUCCUCCGGGUAGUAGAAGACUCGGCGCACUAGACGCAAUUCAUAUAUUCUCUACCGAAUUCGAUAGCACACAAUCGAACAAAAAGCUUCUUCCGCUCGCUCAAUCACACCCACCUGUCGUUGUCGCUAUGAUCGUGCUUUACGGAAUGUUGUUUUCACGUUUACAGUCAGUAAAUUUGAGUUGUUCUUUUACGCAUUGAACGUUAAAACCUAUGAAAGUAUAAAUAAGUCUUCCAAACUAUCUAUUGUUAGUAUAGAGCAAUUUACAAAAUGCAUUACAAUUGUUACGUUCCGGGAAAGUGAACGCAUUUAUUGAUACGAGCCGAGGAGGAGGAGGAGGGAUUGAACAUUUAAAUAUCGCUGUACCCUGAAACCAAGCGCUUAAUGAUGUUACAUUUGACUAACCCCUUUGCCAGGGAGGGGGUGAUGCUGUUAUGAUUGAUAAAUCGUUGUAUUAGACGAAGAGUACCGAUUGAA